AAAGAAAAUAGUUGCGUUGUUUUGCGUUAGUUCGCCUAGUUCGCCAUUUUUUAACCCAAAUUCUAAAUGUCAAUUAAGUUUGUUAUAAAUAUGAAGAAAUAAUUCUGGAAUUUUUAAAUAAAAAUGCCAGCUUGCUCUGUUGUUUAUUGUGGAAGUAGAACUGAACGGGGCAAUCGUCUUUUUAGUCUUCCCCAAGGAGAUAGAAAUGAGGAGAGAAGAAAUACUUGGAUUCAAAAUAUUAACAGAAAAGAAUUACCCUCAAAUAUAUUUGUUUGCGAAAAACAUUUUAAAGAUGAUCAAUUUGAGAAUAACAGACAAGAUGGAAGAAGACCUUUAAAAUACAAUGCUAUUCCUACUGUAUUUGAAGAUAAACCAUUUAAACUUGCUGCAGAUAAGCCAGAAACGGUUCCUUUAAAAAGAUCUAGAAGAUCACUAAGGAUACUAAAACCAAAAAAAUAUGAUGCAUAUGUAUCUGAAACAGAAGAUGAUCUAGAAGAAGAAAAACAUAAAAAAAUCAAAAUAUGUGGCAAACAAGUAAGAUGUAGAGCUUGCUUAGCUAUUAUUGAAAUAGACUCUGCCCAUCUCCUGAAAAAACAUUUGCUUGGAAAAUCAAUUAAAGAUCGAAUUUUAUUGUUUGUACCACAAUUAACUCCUUCUCUUUUGAAUACAGAAUAUAUUUGUGAUAAAUGUUACAGAUUGCUUACAAAUUUUGUUAAAUUUUAUGAAAGCUGUCUGGACUCUGACAUGAAAGUAAAACUUGGUAAAAUUUCGUUAACUGUUGAUGAAAAAGGUAAGGAAGAAUCUCAAGUAGGGAAAUCCAACAACAGUAUUGAUAUAAAAUCUGCACCUCAAAAAGUUGGAAGAAAAAGAAAACAAGAAAUGCACACAUAUGAGCGAUCUGGCAAACGUAUCGGCUCUGUUUGUAGCGUUCUACCGCAGGCCGUUGCGAACUGCAGUCAGUCCGCUGUAGAACGCUGCAUGCAUCGUUUGCCCGCUUUGUUUUGCAAUUCUAGAGGUAUAUUUGAAGUAAAAAAGAUGUGUGAAACUGAAAAACUUAUUGAAAAUGUGCGAGCACAUCCUAUUCUAUAUGACUUGUCUCUCAGUGAUUAUAAAAAUUUGAAGAAAAAGGAUAAAAUAUGGGACGAAAUUGAUUUGAGCAUGGAUGGAACAACAGGUAACAAAUAUUUAAGGGCCGAAAAACCAAAAACUGGACAAAAAGCUAAAAGUUUGGACCGAUAUAAAACUUGGCCCUGGGCACCACAAAUGGAAUUUUUACGUGAGGAAGAAUGUGAGCAAAGUGAAUCAAUUCAAAAAGAUCAAUCAAUCAAUCAAGAACUGGCUAAGCAUGAUGCUCCACCAGUUGUUAAUCGGCAACAGACAAAAAAAGAUAAAAAAAAACAGAAAGAAUCGGUUACUGUACCGUCAUCAUCUACGUCAUCUGUGCAACAAGUAAUUUCAUAUUUGGAUACAAGACGAGAUUCUACCUGUGACGAGAUAGACGACUUGUUUAGAGCAUACGCAAAAACGGUAAAAAAAUUUCCUCCAAGGCGACAAGCUUUUGUCAAAUUUAAAAUUUCAAAAAUAUUGAUGGAUGAGGAGUUUGCGUAUUUGGACCAAGUGGAACAAGAGCAACGUAACCAAGAACGACACAGUUCAUCUAUUCCACAACAUAGAUAUUCAGAGACUCAUCCUUAUCGAAGAAACUCAGAAAUCCAAGAAAGAGACGAUUCAUCGCCAUUUCACAGGCCAACCUCUACCGACUCAUCCUUGCCCUCGCUUACUUCAUCACUUAAUUAUUCAAAUUCAAACACACUAUAUCGUAGUGAGCCCUCAUCAUCUGCAACAUGGUAUGAAGAUUUCGUUCACAUGGUGAGUUUAUUGGUAGUCCGUGCAAGAAUUGGUAGUGCUUUCCAGUUGACUAGCUCCAAGAUGUGCAUCUGUGAUGUCCAGUCUAUUAGGACAGAACUACUGUUUUGGCAGAGUGAGAAAGUUAUAAGAAGAUAUGUUACGACUAAUCCUGUUACUGAUCAUGACUAUAUAAAUGAUGCGUUUCACUGUCCCGUGUGCCAAACGGACUAUCGAACUUCGAAAGGCAUGAGAAAACACUUAAUAAGCCAUCAUAAUAUUCUAGAGGAGCACGAAUUUCACUGCACGCGAUGUAAAAUGAAAUUUAUACGACAUAAGGACAUGUUGAAACACAAACAAACUCAUGGGUUUUCAUGUGAUUUGUGUGAUGAAAUAUUUUCCAGUACUGACGAGUUGAAAUCGCACAAAAAUUGUCAUCCAGAGGCGUACUAUUGCAUGAAAUGUGGAUGUGUAUUCGAGCAAGAAGACAUGUUGAACAAACACUCGUUGUUACACGAUGUCAUGGCCAAAGUACUUUCAGCGAUUCGAAAAUCUGCAUUGGCCAACUGUUGUAAGAGUUGCGACAUCAUUUUAACGACGAAACAACAGCUCCUCGACCACGUUAAGACCGUUCAUCUGAAAAUAAGAGACAUCAAGUGUACGAAGUGUGAAAUGCAAUUCAGCACAAAGAGUUUGAUGGCUGCCCACUUAAGACUGAAACAUUCAACCGACCAGCCCCACAAGUGCGACGUUUGCGAGACAGCUUUUAAAAGACCGGAUCAUUUAGCCUUUCAUAAACUCACUCAUAAUUUUUCUGAUCCUAAUAGAAGGACAUACGGUAGACCGAUCGAUAAUCCAGGAAAACUAUACCAGUGUCCAUUUUGUUCUGCGUCGAGCAGUACCAAACAAUUAUUAAUUACUCAUCUUUCUAUUCACGCCAAUGAGAGAAAAUUCGAAUGCAGAUACUGCGGUUUGAAACUAUCCAGCAUGAGAACGAAAGUAAUUCACCAAAAAACUCAUGAGGCAGAUCCAAAUAAUCAGUUUGUAUGUAUGACAUGCUGGGAGAAAUUUUUAUCCGAAGAAGAUCUAAAAACGCACGAAUUAAAACAUACUCCGAAUUUAAAACGGUACAGUUGCUGCCUUUGCGGUGCUAAAUUUUAUCGAAAAAUGCUGCUAGAAAACCACCUCUUGGAUUUACAUAUCAAAGGCCCUGAUGCUUUGAAUGAGAACGUAGACAAAAGCACACAAAUAGUUAAUGCCCAAUGGAAAAAUAAGGACGAACAAAUUGACGAUGGAUUGGAGGAAGGCGAGAUAAUUAUUCAAGACAUAGAAACUGUUGAUGAGAUUGUAGAAACAGAUUUAUAUGAAGAAAACAAGAUCGAUGAGCACAGCAGUAUGGAAGAUAGGAUAAAUAAAGCUACGUUUAUUAUUAUAGAUGAAAAAGAUGUUUGUACUGAAAAAUUUUAAUUUAUUUUAGUUAGUUACUCUUUGUAAAAUGCUUUUAUUUUAUCAAAGAUUGAUCUGUCAGAUAAAUAAUUUUUAUAAAUAUUUAUGCUUUAUAGUUAGAGUAUUUAGCGUUAGAUUGUCAGAGGAAGAAAAAUUGUUUUAAAAUUCAUUAUAUCUAAGCAUG